AUGUUGGAGGAGCCGUUGGAUUUACAUUCCAACGUACGGGCGGUACGAGCCAAAAAUUUGGGCACUAUCCGGGAAGCGCACGGUACACCCUCAUGCCAGCUUGACAGUGACGAUCUUGGUUCCCAACGACUAUAUAAACAGGUGCCCGCUUUCUCAGCUUUCGUAUACUUUUAUCUAACGCAUUUCACUUCACAGAUCGGUUUUUUGGAAAUCAAAAGGUGCAAUCUAAGAGGAAAAAUGGUGAAGAUUUGCUGUAUUGGCGCUGGGUAUGUUGGGGGCCCCACCAUGGCUGUAAUAGCACUUAAAUGCCCUAAUAUUGAAGUUGUCGUUGUUGAUAUUUCUGUUCCUCGUAUCGAUGCCUGGAACAGCGAUCAGCUCCCCAUUUAUGAGCCAGGCCUUGAUGAUGUUGUGAAGCAGUGCAGGGGCAAGAACCUCUUCUUCAGCACAAAUGUGGAGAAACAUGUCGCUGAGGCUGAUAUUGUCUUUGUUUCAGUUAAUACUCCCACCAAGACUCGGGGUCUUGGAGCAGGUAAAGCUGCAGAUUUGACAUACUGGGAAAGUGCAGCUCGCAUGAUUGCUGACGUGUCAAAAUCUGACAAAAUUGUAGUCGAGAAGUCGACUGUUCCAGUCAAAACUGCUGAAGCAAUAGAAAAAAUUUUGACCCACAACAGUAAGGGAAUCAACUUUCAGAUUCUCUCUAAUCCAGAAUUUCUUGCCGAGGGAACUGCAAUUAAAGAUCUUUUCAACCCUGACAGAGUUCUCAUUGGAGGCAGGGAAACCCCAGAUGGUCUAAAGGCAGUUAAAGCACUGAAGGAUGUUUAUGCCCACUGGGUCCCUGAGGAUCGCAUUCUCACCACUAAUUUAUGGUCUGCAGAGCUCUCGAAGCUAGCAGCCAACGCAUUCUUGGCUCAAAGAAUCUCAUCAGUCAAUGCCAUGUCUGCUCUCUGUGAAGCUACUGGAGCUGAUGUCUCACAAGUGUCAUAUGCUGUUGGAACAGACACAAGAAUUGGUCCCAAGUUCCUUAAUUCUAGUGUUGGCUUUGGUGGAUCUUGUUUCCAGAAGGACAUUCUGAACUUGGUUUACAUUUGUGAGUGCAAUGGUCUUCCUGAAGUUGCAGAGUACUGGAAACAAGUGAUCAAGAUUAAUGACUAUCAGAAGAAUCGUUUUGUCAACCGUGUUGUUGCCUCUAUGUUCAACACAGUUGCUAACAAGAAAGUUGCUAUCCUUGGAUUUGCUUUCAAGAAGGAUACUGGUGAUACCAGAGAAACCCCUGCUAUUGAUGUCUGCAAGGGACUCUUGGGGGACAAGGCCCGCUUGAGCAUUUAUGAUCCUCAGGUUACUGAGGACCAGAUCCAGAGGGACCUUACCAUGAAGAAGUUUGAUUGGGAUCAUCCCCUUCAUCUUCAGCCGAUGAGCCCCACCACAGUGAAGCAAGUUAGUAUUGUUUGGGAUGCCUACGAGGCAACUAAGGAUGCACAUGCUGUUUGUAUUCUCACUGAGUGGGACGAGUUCAAAACUCUCGAUUUCCAGAAGAUGUAUGACAACAUGCAGAAACCAGCCUUCGUUUUUGAUGGACGGAACAUUAUCAAUCCGGCUAAGCUAAGGGAAAUUGGAUUUAUCGUGUACUCAAUUGGAAAGCCACUGGAUGCUUGGCUCAAGGACAUGCCUGCUGUUGCAUGA